AUGCUUAGUCUUGAAAAGCCUGGCUCUUCUGAUAUCUCGUCGUCUUCGACAGACACAUCGGCGAUUUCGCCGAUAAGUGUGAGCAGUAUGCCAUUAUCUCCAGAUAAAACCGAGCAGAAUAUAAUGCUAAUGAAUACGAAAAAGAAGAUUGGAUUUGUUCGCUAUAACCCGGAUGUUCCGCAAAUCGUUACGUCGUUUAAAGGAAAUCAGAAAUUAAUGUAUCAGGGAUAUCGUUAUAAUAUUUAUCAGGUUAGUUUUCUUCGGGAUAAGCUAAAUGAUAUCAUUUUUCGGGAAUCGUCUUCCAUGUGAUUAGAUUUCGUAAUUUUCUUAUCAAUUUCAGAUCGCUGAAGAACGCAAUUUCAAAUCCUGGCGAUGUGUUUGCGCAAAGAAAAUGUCCGACUCUGGACAAUGGUGUAAAUGCCGUGCUGAAACCACUUUAGACGACAAAAACGCCUGUAACAAAGGUGUGCACAAUCAUCCACCAAGACAUCAUGCCGCCGAGAUCGAAUUUAUCAAGGUGAGUUCGUGUACUUCACAGCUGUCCGGCCAGCUGACUUUUUUUAUCGGCCUGGAGGGAGGGAUGAAAAAAAAAAGUUCAAACCGUUUUUCGUGUGUAUCUCUCUUUUUUUUCUUUUGAAUACACUUAUUGAAAAAGAAGAGAUUUCAUGUCAAUUAUAUAAUGCCAAAAGGUCAUUUGGAAGUACAAGGCACGACCAUUUUGCAACACAUCGCAUAAACACACACAUUUAUUCUUGUGUGUGUCGAAAAAUGUUGGUCAUCUCACCGAUCAUCAUCAGAGAAUACCAGGUCACUGUAGUUGUUGUUGUUGUUGUUCAUCCACGAAAAAGGGAAAAAGAGAGAGAGGAGAGAGAUUUCAUGCCAAGGUCACGCCAAUUCUAUUGGCAGGCACGCGGUACCUCCACACAUUUAACCCAGAAAAAAAGUUAUCCGAAUUCAAAAACACACAAAAAAUGUUUUUUCAGAGUCAAUUAUUCAAUAUCGCUUUGCAACACCCUGAUUUGGAUGCUGGAGAGCUCGUAAAUGAAGCAUGUUUAUAUUUGAGUGAAGGUGUUUGUUUUGAUAAUAAGGAAAGUGUGAGGAAGAGUAUUGUUUCGGCAAGAUCAAAGGAUGGAAAACCGAGAAAACCAAGAAAUCGUUUGGCAAAUUCCUUAAAACGAAUGAAAUUUGAAGCUGAUGUAAGACUUUUUCAAAAAAAUCUUUAACUGAAAAUACAUAAUUUUUUAAUGUUUUUAGGCUGAAGAAGAAGAAGAUUAUAAAAUCCCAAAGAUGGAAAUUGAGCACGAUAUGUCAUGUUUCUUGCCACUUUUCAAUAAUGGUUUGAGUAUGAUGAAAGUUGAAUCACCGUUCCAAUCAACGCCAACAAUUCUACCAACACCAAAUCCACCACAACACGAGCAAACCAAUUUAUUGCAAACCACACAACUGUUAAAUCGAAUAAACAAUCCAUGGAUGGGAUUAGAUGAUCCGAUGACAAUGUUAUGGGCAAAUAUGCUGAAUCCUAUCAACGGUGGAAUCGAUGUUUUAUCAACAAUCGCUGCAUUGUCAAAACAGCAACAACUUCAACAAGGUCCAAACAUUCCACAGGCUGCCACCGCACCUGUUCAACACCCAUUGCCAACAAAUAUGUCACAAAGUAAUUUGGUCAAUUCAACGACUUCACAUCACAUUCCAAAAGAGGCAACGAUUGCACAGCCGACACUGAUUCAAGCACACCAACAGCAAACACCUGCCAUCAUCAAUCUAAAAGAUGUCAAAACCUUACCACCAUUGGCAAACAUUCAAACGAGUCCAAUUAUUCAAACAGCUAGUCUAAUUAGGCCAAUUCCAAUUAUGAAAGAUGGCAGCUCACAAACAUCAGAGGUAUGUUUCGAAUGAAAGACAUCCUCUUGGAUUCUCAUAAUUUUAUUUUUUUAAGGAAAUUCGAGUUUCUCAAUGUUUGACUUCUGGAUGUGGAUGUCGAGUCAUCCGAGUUUGUUGUUGUGAAGAAGGUGUUUGCCGGCAUCGGCGUACCGCUGCUUGUUAA